CAUCCGAGCGGAUGAAAACAAACACUAACGAUGGCGGCGCCGGGAGGCGACCGGCUGCGGGGCUUCAGGCAGUGGUGAUCGAUAGAGCUGUGAGGGCACUCUAGAAGAACGCGACUCAACGUGAGUGCGACAACUCGCGCAGUCCUGUGACUGAAACACCCGGGGCCCACGAACCACGAGCCUCCUGAGUCGUGAAGUGUCUAUCUGCGACCCCUGCUGUCCCCGCAGCUUCGGAGCGCAGGAGUCCUCAUCCAAGAGACGCAGCUGGCCGGCCCCAGGCCCCGGCCUCCGUAAUGAGAGCCCCGAGCCACUCUCUGUGUCGCAGCUUUGCAGGUGAGGGUGACUGUUGACUAGUGAAAAAAGGGACCCCAAGGUUCACGACUGUCUUCUUACUGGCAGUGGAACGACUUGUGGAAACCGGCGAUCCGUUCUCAUUUAAUAAAUCUCUGGAUUCCUAUAGGCAAUGGAAACUGAUCUCAAUUCCCAGGACAGAAAGGACCUGGACAAGUUUAUUAAAUUUUUUGCCCUCAAGACUGUCCAAGUGAUUGUCCAGGCUCGACUUGGCGAGAAGAUUUGCACUCGUUCGUCUUCAUCCCCAACGGGUUCAGAUUGGUUCAAUUUAGCAAUCAAAGACAUCCCAGAGGUUACACAUGAAGCAAAAAAGGCACUGGCAGGACAGUUGCCUGCUGUCGGGAGAUCGAUGUGUGUGGAGAUCUCACUGAAGACUUCUGAGGGAGAUUCCAUGGAGCUAGAAAUUUGGUGUCUUGAAAUGAAUGAAAAGUGUGAUAAAGAGAUUAAAGUUUCCUACACGGUGUACAACAGACUGUCGCUGCUGCUGAAGUCCCUCCUUGCCAUAACUAGGGUGACACCAGCUUACAGACUCUCCAGAAAACAGGGGCACGAAUAUGUCAUAUUGUACAGGAUAUAUUUUGGUGAAGUUCAGCUGAAUGGCUUAGGAGAAGGUUUCCAGACAGUUCGUGUUGGGACAGUAGGCACCCCUGUGGGCACGAUCACUCUUUCAUGUGCUUACAGAAUUAACUUGGCAUUUAUGUCUACCAGGCAAUUUGAGAGGACCCCACCUAUCAUGGGGAUUAUCAUUGAUCACUUUGUGGACCGUCCCUAUCCCAGCUCCUCACCCAUGCACCCCUGCAAUUACAGAACUGCUGGUGAGGACACUGGAGUAACAUAUCCUUCUGUAGAAGAUUCUCAAGAAGUGUGUACAACCUCUUUCUCCACCUCUCCUCCGUCUCAGUGUGUGUUUACUGUCACAAAGGCACAUUUUCAGACCCCUACUCCUGUGGUGAUGGACACUCUGAGGGUCCCCAUGGCAGGACUGGCCUUUUCCCAUCAACUCUCAAGCUCUCGCCUUUCCUAUCAGCCUGCUGCCCUGGGCGUUGGAUCAGCUGACCUGGCUUACCCAGUAGCAUUUGCUGCUGGCUUAAAUGCCACACACCCUCAUCAGCUCAUGGUUCCUGGGAAGGAAGGUGGGGUGCCCCUUGCUCCUAACCAGCCUGCCCACGGUGCCCAGGCUGACCAGGAGAGACUGGCGACCUACACCCUGUCUGACGGGGCCCACUGUGCUGCCACACCUUCCGGCAGCGAGGAUACUGAAACGGUAUCAAACGGCAGUGAGGGCCGGGCAUCCCCCCACGAUGUGUUGGAGACCAUCUUUGUCCGCAAAGUGGGGGCUUUUGUCAACAAGCCCAUCAACCAGGUGACCCUGACCAGUUUGGACAUCCCCUUUGCCAUGUUUGCUCCCAAGAAUUUGGAGCUGGAGGGCGCUGAUCCCAUGGUGAAUCCUCCAGACUCCCCAGAGACCGAAUCUCCUCUCCAGGGCAGCUUGCACUCAGAUGGCUCCAGCGGGGGCAGCAGCGGCAAUACCCAUGACGACUUCGUCAUGAUCGACUUCAAACCGGCUUUUUCUAAAGAUGACAUUCUUCCGAUGGACCUGGGGACAUUCUAUCGUGAAUUUCAGAAUCCUCCCCAGCUGAGCAGCCUCUCCAUAGAUAUCGGGGCACAGUCCAUGGCUGAGGACUUGGACUCCCUACCAGAAAAGCUGGCUGUGCACGAGAAGAAUGUUCGAGAAUUUGAUGCCUUUGUAGAAACCCUGCAGUAAAAGUUGGUGACCUUGGGUACCAGCAGCAUCCCCUUUCUGUGGUCCCAGGAGACAGAGCCUCCCACUCAUCAGCUGCUCCCAUCCCUCAACUUGCUCCGGGCGGAGGAGAGGCUGGUUUCCCCCAUGGGGACCCGCAAGUCCCUGUUCUCACACCUCCUGGAGACUCCAUGGCAGCAGUCAAGCCUGGGGAUAGCAUCUGAGAGGACUCACACCCUGGCCUUGGAGAUUGGAACACCCUGUAUAACCAAAGGGCUCUUGGCAGGGCCUUCUGCUUCCACCGCCCAUCGCGGCUGCUUCACAAUGGCUGUCAUCCCGCUCCUCCUGCCGGCCCCCUGCCCUGGGUCCACUCUGCAGCUGGCCCCUUGCUGGCCUGCCGUUACCAUCAAGCUCUUGACAUUCCGGCUGGUGGCCCUGAGCCUGGAGUGGAGAAGGAAAAGGAAGGAAACAGUGUUGGGAAGAAGAAGGAAGGGCUCCUUCAGGCUCUUUUAUGGUCCCCUUUGGUUUGAUGUCUUCUUCCUCUCACCUUCCCUCUCUCUGCCCCAUUCCUGUACUUUUGGCAAUAUGACAGGCACCCUGCCCAAGCUGGCGGGAACUCCAGACUCAGCCAUUCUCACUCUUGAGGGUUGUGCCAGCCCCUCUCCCCGCAGAGGGUCUGAGCAGCCCUGGUGGCUGUCUGCUCAGACCCUCAGCGGCAUGAAAGCAUAAUCCUAGGUCUCCAGGAGUCUCUCAUUGGGAGUCACAACGAAGGUUCCUUAUCUCUCCUUCCUCCCCCUGUUGCUGCUCCUUGGUUAUUAACAUGGUAAAUAUUUAUUACUUUCAGAGAAAUCCGAUAUUUUAUAGAGAAAAUAUGUUUGAGGUUAGAUGUUUUCACUUGGGGAAAGGGGAGGGCCUCUUCCUGGAGUAGGGCCUCCUCGCCUGGAGGUUCCUCGGAUUCUGGGUUGCUGCUUUGAGCAUCUUCCUUCCCAUAUACCUAAGGUGAGAGCCAAGAAUCGGGCUGGCUGAGGGCAACAGAACCUCCCAGAAUCGCUGCACUUGAACUGACGAUAGGCUUUACCUUAGACUCCUGCAUAUUCCUGGUGAGAGUGUGAAUCCGUCCCAGCUUCUGCAGAGUAACUGACGCCAUUCUGGCAGUCCAGGAAGUCUUGGGUGCUGAGUGUGUACAACCCUCUAGAGUUGUACAGUGACAUCGAGUGCAUCAUAUGGGCCCCACCGUGGCCCUGGGGAAGGCCAGAGGGGCCCCUCCUGGGGAGACUUGCUCCUGUUUCUCAGGGUUAGGUUAUGGGCCUUCUCUUUCCACCUGGGCCUGGCCACCACCUUUGUCUAACCCUCAGCACCCUGCCCUGAGGUUUACUGGAUGGAUGGGUUCCUUGUUGAGAAACCAAAGCUAGGUGUAUGAUUGACUUAACCAUUUAGAUAUUGUUACGUGAGUCAGUCAAGCGCCUAGCCUCACCUACCUGCCAUCGGGCCCUCCCCCAGCCUCCCUGGUCGUCG